AUGCCCGCCGCGCCCCAAAGUAAAUCAUCGGCGCUGAGCUUCGCCGCAGGCAUGCCAACACUCAGGCAUCCCGACGUCAACGUUGCUCUUGGGGUCGCAAGUCCCCAGAAACAGGGACCCUCAAGAGCACACAUAUAUCUCGCGCUUGCCGUCAUUACUCUUCUUCUUGUUGCCCGGCUCGUCAAGCCAAGACGUCUCAAACCAUCAGCCCCAUUGCCUGCACCUGGAGACAGCCAGCGUGCUGAGAAAGUCGACAAGCAUCCCCCCCGCUUCUCACCAAUAGCAACUUCACCAACAUCCCAAAAGGGCAAUCAACCUGUCUCUGUUUUGUCUCCCUGGAGCCAAUUCAAGGGCGGGCAAGGAGUUGUUCCGUUCACUAGGCUCGGGAUUCAUCAGCAACAUCCUUCCUGUGCUGCAGUGCUUACAGGUCACGGUGCCCAGAGAGCCGUGUUCGGAUUUUUGGGGCAGACGCCAGCUAUGGAUGACAACGAGAAUGACCCGCUGAAGGAUCGCUUGCGCUCAGGGUCAGCAUCACGUGGCGUCAGCACCAAUGUUCCCGAUGACGCCGAUUUUAGAUACCAACACGACCCCUCCCCGGCCGGCAGGUACACUGAGCAACAUGUAGGAGAUAGCAGACCGAGCUACUCCUCCCACUUCUUCCCUUCUAACUUUCCAGAGGGAUAUGGUAGUGGUGGCUCCGAGGGCAUGGAGAUAGGACCAAUGUCAGGCUACAGCAGCUAUGGCGACCGUGAUUGGAGUGCCGCAUCUGAUCAGCAAGCGGGCUCCUCGAGUGAUGUGUAUGGACAGGAUCCCAACUUCGGUGCUGAGAGCUUUACUGGGUCCCCUGGCUUUUCUGGCUUCGAUCUCAGCACUCCCCGACGCUUUUCGCGCCCACCUCCACCACCACCACUAACACCUCCAACACGUAGCGACAACAGGUUUCCCUUUGAAGACCGUCAUAUCGGCUAUGCAGUAUCGAUCCCGCCAGAGCUGGACGCCAGCUUCAUACACCAGCCCAAUCCAGCUUAUAGCGGCAUGUCAACCUCAGACGACGUCUUGAACUCCAGCCCCCAGACCGCAGACCCAAUACCGCGCAGAAGAUCCUACACGAGGACUGUCCCCAUCGGAAUCCCUGUUCCUGGAACCACGCCCGCCUACUCUGCUGAGGCAAUGGCAUCAGGUACUGCCUUCACCCCCUCGAGCUAUCCGCCAACAUCGCCUCUUCUGCCUCCUCCUCCACCCGGGCCCGAUGCUCCCUCCGAGUACGUAUUUGUGGGUGGGCCGGGAGGUCCAGGUGUUGCCUUGUCAGAUCAGGAGAUCGAUCUUCACGGCGAGAUCAUAUCAGUCAUGGAUCACUCGGGUCAUGGGUGGAAAAGGCAUACACGUGUCUACGGUGGAGGCGUUUGUCUCGCCUGCCUCGCCGCCGAAGACCAAGGUGGCUUUUAUGGCGACACGGUGCCUCUCUCGGAUCGGCGAUGA